CGGGGCUCCCAGGUCCCCCGGCCGGCGGCAGCGGAGACGCCUGCGCAGUGCGGCCGCAGGGGCGGUCGUUGUCCCGGCGCAGCUCAGCCGGUGCAAGCAUCAUGGUGGAGGAGGUGAGCGCCCUGAUGAAGGCCACGGUCCUGAUGCGGCAACCCAGGAGGGUCCAGGAGAUCGUGAGCGCCCUCCGCAGGGGCGGAGGAGACCGCUUACAGGUCAUCUCUGAUUUUGACAUGACCUUGAGCAGGUUUGCGUGUGAUGGGAAGCGGUGUCCUUCUUCCUACAAUACCCUGGAUAACAGCAGCAUCGUCAGUGAGGAGUGCCGGAAAGAGCUAAAUGCACUCAAUCGCUACUACUACCCGAUUGAAAUUGACCCACACCAGACCAUCCAGGAGAAGCUACCUCACAUGGUGGAAUGGUGGACCAAGGUGCACAAUCUCCUGUGUCAGCAGAAGAUUCAGAAGUGUCAGAUCGCCCAGGUGGUGAGAGAGUCCAAUGCAAUGCUGCGGGAGGGCUACAAGACGUUCUUCAACACCCUCUACCAAAACGACAUCCCCCUUUGCAUCCUCUCCGCGGGCAUCGGGGAUGUCCUGGAGGAGAUCAUCCGCCAGAUGAAAGUGCUGCACCCCAACAUCCACAUCGUGUCCAACUACAUGGACUUCGACGAGGACGGUUUCCUGCGGGGAUUCAAGGGCCAGCUCAUACACACAUACAACAAGAGCAGCUCCGCGUGCGGCCACUCCAGCUAUUUCCAGCAGCUCCAGGGCAAAACCAACAUCCUCCUGCUGGGCGACUCCAUGGGGGACCUCACGAUGGCCGACGGGGUUCCGGGCGUGGAGAACAUUCUCAAGAUUGGCUUCCUCAAUGACAAGGUGGAGGAGCGGCGGGAGCGCUACAUGGAUUCCUACGACAUUGUGCUGGAGAGGGACGAGACGCUGGACGUGGUCAACGGGCUGCUGCAGCACAUCCUGCACCAGGGGGACUGGCUGGAGACGCAGGGCUCCUGAGUGCGCAGGCGCAGGCGCAGGCACAGAGGCAGGGCCAGUCCCCGCAGCCGUGACGCGGCGGCGCGCCCCAGCGGGGGGCUGCUCUGCCGUGAGCCUCGAGUGUACGGAGGACAGUCCACAGCACCCACGAGCUGCUGAGCCCUCACCCUGCCCCCUCCUUCCCCUGACGCUUUCCGCAUUCCCUCUGGGUUCAUCAAGGCCUGAGGGAGGCUCUGCCGGGUGGGAGGCGGCAAAAGUCAUUCCCCGUGAAUCGGACCUGCAGGGUGUUCGAGUUCUGGGGACCAUUUGGUCCAGGAUUCUUGCUUAUCAAAAAUGCUUACUAUGGAAAGCAUUCUGUUCUUCAACAAAUCGGAUGUGUGAAGCAGGUCAAAAUAAAAAA